AUAGGAGUGAAUCAAUACAAGCCAAGGGAUGACGUGAUUCCCAAUUCAUAUGCAUUUCCCGUACGAUAUCUUGAGACCCAUUCGGACGGAAAGGCAUGUCUUUUGGCAAACAAAGAGCGGAUACUUUGGUUGUCACAAAAGUUGCCAAAUAUAAAGCGCUUAACAAUCGGUCCCUUUGACACCAAUUACAAGACAUUACACGAUAUUCUCGAAGCGUUUCAAUCCGUCAAUUGGCUAAACAUGUAUGGCUUUAAAGACACACAGUUCCGACAAUUGGGACAACUCUUGUCGGGAAGAGUCACCAAAUGUGUGGCAAACACUCACUACAAGUAUUGUAAAGGAAAUAUCGUUGGAUUGAUUGAAGAGAUGAAAGGAUUAGUAAAACUUGUUGUUUGGAUCAAUAAUCGAGAAGAUAUGGCAAAAUUGUUCAAUUGUUUGCCUCAAAGUAUUAAAUCGUUGGACAUCACAUCAUUCACUCAUAAUGUCUUAGACCUCGAAAUGGCCGAAAAUUUAAUGACAAGCAAUGCAAGACAUUUAGAUUAUCUAUAUAUCGAUGGCCUAAUCAUUACAGAAGAGGCACUCGAGAUGAUUAACAAUGGUUUGGAUCUGAAAGCAUUUGGCUAUGAUUUGACUGGAAUUACAGGAGACAACAAUGAAUGGCAUUGUUUGCAAAGUGUGGCCAAAAAACAGACAAAACUCAUAUAUUUAAGCCUCAAUUCUUCGGUAUUUGCCGAUUAUGAAUACAGUGAACAGUGGUAUCGAUUCCCAAAUGUGAAAACACUUGAUCUGUUUCACUGUCACAUAUCUGAAUUGGCGUUUGAGGCACUCAUGAGAUGCUUCCCGGGGCUCAAGACUAUUGUAAUAAAUCACACAGAGAUAGUCGAUGAGACUCAAGAGGACGAAUGUUACUGCUCUACAAAGACCGCCGUUUUGUGUAAACAACUCAACGAUUUUCACAAUUUAUCGGCCAUUCAUUUGGAUCGUUAUAAUUUUUGUGCCAUUUCUUGUGAGUCAUGUAAAGCCUUCUUCCGGAGGAAUGCAACCAAAUUAGAUGAGUAUAAGUGUCCGUUUGAGGACAAAUGCAAAGUAAAUGUCGUGACCAGAAAAUUCUGCCGCAAGUGUCGGCUCCGCAAGUGUUAUGCCGUCGGAAUGAAACAGGAAUGGAUUCUCAACGACGAGGAGAAAGAGUUGCGGAAGAAUAAGAUCGAAGAGAACCGAAAGAUCAAAGAGAUUACCGACAAAAAGGCCACCAAAACAAAGCACCCGAAACAGCCGGCGGGCAGUCUAUCGCCGCCGCAAACAUCGACCAGCGGUGACACAACCGCUGAUCUCUUUGACACCAACUCUAACACAAUUAUCAGCGACGACGACAUCAUCACCAAUAUUAUGGAUAUCGAGCGAUAUCUCACACCAAACGACAACAACAACAGCGCCGAUGAUAUGACCGUCGAUACGAUGACCACAAUAAUGACCGACAACUGCGGCGACGGCACCGGCUGUUCGGCGGGAGAGUCGGCCGACGGCGACGAGAUCUCUGACCGCACGUACCAGAAGGCGGUGGAGUUGGAGUUGGCUGUACUGCCCAUACCUAAGCCGCUGGACAACUGUACGGCGCUGAAUGAGGCCGAACGGACACGAAUGGCCGAGUUGUUCAAAGUUCAGGCGGCGCUCAAUUGGAAGCGUUUGCCCGACAAUAAACUGGUGGCCGAAACCAUUGAUGAAGUGAUCAAGUUUUUUGUCUCAAAGUUUGAUAUCUAUGUCCAACACCUCGUGGACACCACUAAACAGUUGGCCGCGUUUCAGUGCCUGUGCGAGAAUGAUAAGAUCGCCCUGGUAAAAUAUUCUAGCCUCGAGAUACUGCUUAUGCGUACAGCCAUUAAUUUUAAUUACGAAAAUGAGUACUGGACUUUUAUCAUGGACGAAGAGAAUUCAAUAAUACUUAAACUGGAUUUAUUGAAAUCAGUCAAAAGGGACUGUUAUUCAUAUUUUAGGACAUUUCUACACAAAUUUGGCAGCGAAUGGGAUUCCGACCCUUUUAUUAUAGAUUUGUUAAUGCCGAUAAUACUGUUCAAUCCCGAGCGACCAAACAUUAUCGAUAAGGAGUAUAUUAAAGUUCAACAACAGAUCUACAUGUAUUUACUUCAACGCUAUUUACGGCUGAAAUACCCGUCGGAAUGCGAAACAAAGGCCAAAUUCUUGCGGAUUCUGAAUCUAUUGGAAUAUUUGCAAAAAUUGGAUGAAAUUCAUAAAUUGAAUUACAGGGAGACGACCGACAAUCCCAUGGACUUCGGGCCCAUUAUGCGCGAAGUGUUUGACAUACCGGCCAUCGAUGCCAUACCAGCCCCUGAGCUCAGAGUAGAAGCGAUCACUCAAUGA